CCUCUUCCAUAACUCAUUAUUUUCCCCUCUUUCUCUCUCUCUAAAUCUCUCUCUCUCUCUCUCCUGUGAGGAAAGGAUCAUCUUUUCCCCCAAACAAGAAAAAAAAAAGAGAAACGUUUCGUUUUCUUUUCUCCCAAAAAAAAAAAAAAACUCUUCAAUGGGUGUGGUGGUUCUCAAUCCUCAGGAUUGCCUUAAACAACCUUUCUCCCACAAAGCCCUAGUCUCUUCUUCCCGUCACAUGAAACGCCCUCGAAAUCCUAACCCUAACCGGGCCAACCGAGCUCAGCCCAACCGCCGAACAAGACGGAUCCCGGCCCAGCCCAACGACACGGCUCCGCGGACCGGAGCGACGAGGAUGGUCCAGAAGCCUCCGGCCGACAAGCUCGAUAUGAGCCACGUGAAGAUCCUGAAACGCGGCGAAGAGCUGAACGAAACGACACCAGAUCCGCCUUCUCCGAAGGUCGCCGGCAAGGAAACCGGCUUAAAUAACAAGGAUCUGGCGUCGCCGGUUCGGUUGAGUACAGAUCCCGAGUCGAACCGGGUCAUGGGGUUCUACGCCGGUUCAUCGAUGUGUAUUGAAUCGCCGCCUCCUAGUUCUCUCCCUUUACCAGCUUUUUUUAAGAAGAAAAGUGUUGUGUCGACGAACGUUGAGGCGACUAACUUUCUGCUAAGUGUUUUACGGCUCGAUCUGUAGUGAAACUAUGUAGAUCUGGUUAUUUUUAUGUCGUAUGCUUAUUUAGAACUUUAUUGUAGGUUUGGGUUUUCUGAUUAACGAUCUUCCCUUAUUUUUUCAAGGGGAAUGAGUUCUCUUAGUGAACUCGACCAA